UGUUUCAGGAAGUGGUUUUAAUUCCAGAAAGUUGUAAACAAAACACUGACAGCUAUUCGGUUAGCUUUUAACUACAACUGCAUGAACGGGGAACUGCUUGUGUAAACAAUCGUGUUACUCGCCAUUUCUGGGUGUAUCUUUAAAAUGUUGCCGACUUGGUUCUUUGUCUGACGUUAAAAUACUAAUUCGGAUUUUGUUUCUUGUACUAUAUCGGAAGAGCUAACAUUAGCUGUGUUCGCGCGUUGAGAAAGGCACACCAUCGCAUGUAAAGUGGAUUUUCAAGGCACCCCUGUCAUCCGAAAACGCCAAGAAAUCGGAUAACGUCACAGAUUUCUUUUCCUUUUUGCUGUAAUUGCAACAUCAAGGCGGUGUGCAGGACGAGCAUGUCGACGUCCAACGCUAAUUUCAAAAAUAAGUGCGUCGCCCAGGUUAACUGCAUCUUUUGUGACAGCGUGCUCUGUACGAGAGGCAUGAAAUCGGUGCUUCUUGCAGACUCCGAGGUUCAGCUGUUUUCCACUGAUAUACCUCCAAAUAGAACUGUUGACUUUGUGGCCAGCUGCUACUCGACUGAAAGCUGCAAGUGCGCACUGAGAGACAUUGCAUGUCUCAAGUGUGGUAAUGUAGUUGGCUAUCAUGUUGUGGCCCCCUGUAAACCCUGUCUGCUCUCCUGUAAUAACGGACACUUGUGGAUGUUCAACAGUGACGCCGUUUCCAAUGUCAACAGAUUGGAUGCUUCAGGUCUGUUCAAACAGUCUCAAUCUGCUUCUGUGGAGAGAUCUGCCCGAACUGGACGACGGUGAAAACGAGGAACCUGAAAGCCCGUCCGAGGAGGAGUGCAUCAGGUAAAGAUGGAAAUGGAUGAGACACUUUGCAGCAGCUACCAGUGGAGAGGUGGGAUCGUAGGAGUGAAAGACAAGGACGACCUUAAAGUGUAAUUUAAAAUCACAUAGGACUUAAAAGGCGCUGCUUUAUUUCGGCUAAAUUACGCCUGAAGCCACGCCCCAAUCAAUGAUGUCACAGCAAGUGUUUGGCCUUGGGCAAGCGGCAGAACACCUGCUCUGACACACACGGGGAUUAGUCGGGCCUGAAGGAUGGCACACUCCAAAGGUUGACUCCCCAGAAAACAGCGUGAUGGUUGUGCUUCUUAUCACGAUGUGUUCCUGCUGUGUAAAUUGCGAUUAAAUCAUCACCAGCUUUUGCUGUCAAGCUAAAGGUACGCCCAUAAACAAUCAUUAAAUCUCAUACUGUGCUUAAAUUAAGCUGGAAUUUCUGACUAAUCAGUGAGCCAAUAUUUAACAAGAAUCAAGUUAUUUAUGCUCCUCAUUUCUGAAUCAUGACGAUUGUGGUAUUCCCGUUUUAAUGUUUUAACAUUCGUUUGGCUAUAGUACCUUUUGAAAUCCACGUUGCCCUCCUUGAGACCAUGCUAAGAUGCUGAAGUUAGCAUGCUUUGUCCUUUCUAUUGAAGCAAAAACAAAUUCCUGCUCUGCAGUUGUUUUUUGUUUGUGCACAAGCAGGUUGGCAAAACAAACUUAUCAAUAAGACUGACAGUCUCCAUAACAAUUGUCAUUUUAGUGAACCACUAAAACUGUUAUUUAAGACCAAAUACUUCCACAUGCUUCCUUUUUGUUUACAAUCUUCGUUUACAAGUGCAUUGUUUUGUAAUGUGCAUUUAAUAUAUUUCAUAUUUCAUUUGAUGUUUGCUUUUGUACGGUUGGGUGUAUGUGUUUGUGUCGGUCUACCACAAGAAGGUAUCUGAACUUUCUCUGGUUAGGACAAUAGUAUAAUCCGAUAUGAUAAUAAUAAUGAUGAAAAAAAUGUUAGUGUUUAUGAAGUGAAUAACUAAUUUCUUGCCCUGCUGAAAAUGUAUAUUUUGGAAUUGCACUGAAACUGAAUUGAUCAUUUGGAAAAACGAUUGUUGUUUUGUUUGCUUAUUGUUGAAUUAAAUCAAAAACUUUUUAUUUCUUUUCAAAACAAAUAAAAUAAAUAAUAAAUAUACACUCCCCACCACUCUUUUGGGGUUGUUUGAAACAGGA